UCCGCAGAGCUUAUUUGGUCUAAGACAAGUCAUCGUGCAAAGGCUUGGAAAUCAGGAGCACCCAUCAUUUUCAAUUUCUUCAGAUAAUUGGAAACCUUUACUGAACCCUCAUCAUGACUGACCGCAAGGCCGUGAUCAAGAACGCUGAUAUGUCGGAGGACAUGCAAAGCGAUGCCGUCGAGUGCGCCACCCAGGCCAUGGAGAAGUUCAACAUCGAGAAGGACAUCGCUGCCUUCAUCAAGAAGGAGUUCGACAAGAAGUAUAACCCGACCUGGCAUUGCAUUGUGGGCCGUAACUUCGGCAGCUACGUCACGCACGAGACCAAGCAUUUCAUUUACUUCUACCUUGGACAGGUGGCCGUCCUUCUCUUCAAAUCCGGAUAAAAACAUUUUAAGGUGCUUACAUAAAAUGAGACAACAGAACUGUUUCAGUGUUGACUGAGAGGAUGGAAGCCAAAGUAUUGUACUAAGGAGAAACUAGACAGACACUUCUUGAUACCAUGAUUCCAGAGCCUUUCAUUGUUUCAUAGUCUAUAUAAGUAGGCCCGAUAACGUAAAGGGAAUUGGUGAAGGGGGGGGGGGGGGAGUGAAGACGUGAAAAUGAUGUUGCGACACUUACACAUAGUAAUCACAGUUUUUUGUUUAAACGGGCAUGUUAAAUGUACUUGACUGUUUAGUAAGACGCUGCAGUGUACACUCUACAUAUUUGUCGUUUACAGGGGGGUCAGUGCUCAUUGCAUAACUCUUAUGAAAUUCUACAAGAACUUUCUAGCCCAUGUGCCUUUUAUUGACGGUGCCUAUUGUGUUAUUUAUGUUUAUAGGUCAUUGCUAUUGUAAUCAGAGUGAUUUCGAAGAUUUUCUCUCGGUAUUCAACACAGCUACCCAUGAAGUUUGUUGAAGGUGAAAGGCCAAGUCCGACCCUCGUUGAUGCUAGAAAACCCCUCAGAGCCAUGACGGAUGAUUUGUAGGGUUUUUUGAGGCAUUUUUCGGCCAAAGUUGAUAUUCAUAUUGGGAAGGGGGGAGGGGGAAGGGGCGUUUCAUGAGGUGUUUUUUGUUUUUUGUCGACAAAUGUUAAAAACUACGGUAAAUCUUUCCAUCUGAUUGGCGGAUAGCACUCAGUGAAAGUCAAUGAAAAAAAACAUGUGAAGCUCCACUGGGUAAUUCACAUCGUUGGAUCUCGAUGAUCAUGCUCCUGAAAACAAAGAGUUGCCAAUGCAAAUCUGUUAUUCAUAUAUCCUAACACAAUGCUAUUGACACUUAAUAUGCUAAGUACUUUUGUUUGUAGCCCGCCAUAUUAACGUAUGCCUUUACUGUCUUGGAUUAUUAUGCCCUCCACAUCCCCCGUCUUGCUUCUGAUAGAACAGGGUAACAUUAUUCCAAGUUAUUGAUAAAAAAAAAAGGAAAUGGGUGUGAAGCAAUUAUGCAGUACAGUACGCCUGAUCCUACAUUGGACAUUAUCCAUUACAUUAGAUUUAUGCGAAAAUUUUGUAAUAUCUGUUACAUUUGCAUAAUCAUAUACGUAUCACCUUCUUUAUAUACCAAAGAGUCAAUGUAGAUUCAGUGCAGCUACACUCAUAUACACUGUAAAAAAAUGAAGUGCUAAUUUAGCACUUACAGUGCUUGCAUAGUGACUGCACUACGAGUGCUGAUUUUUUAGUUCAAAUUUAAACUAGAAAAUCAGCACUCGUAGUGCAGUCACUAUACAAGCACUUUAAGUGCUAAAUUAGCACUUCAUUUUUACAGUGUACCUUGAUACUUUUCUGUUUAUUAUCAUUUUAGCCUAUACAUCCAUAAGUAGGGUCUCUAUACAUUGUGUAUUUAUUUCUCUCCUGAAUCUACCACUUUGACGUUCAUUUAAAGUAAUAGUUGGACCCACAAUGUUGAGUUCAGGAUGAUCAAUAAUAUUGUCCAAGCCUAAUUAAUAGAUAUAAUUAUGAGAUUAUAUUGCCAUUCAUUUCAUUUCCAUUGUGGCAGGGUGCGCGUGUUUUUACAAUGGCAACUUUAAGAAUAACAUGUUCUUGAUGCAGUUGCUCGCAGGGGGGCGGGGGAAUGUUCGAGAAAAGUAUGAUAAUAGAUAAGAUUAAAAAACUUCAUUCCAAGUUGUACUAAAAGCAGCCGCCAUUCUUGGUUUGAAAAGAUAAAUGAGAUUUUAUAUUGUAAUUAUUUAUGUACUUGUUAUUAUUAGUUUUAAUAUCAUGAUAUUAUUAUCAGUAUUAUAAUUAUCAUCUCAUAUAUGAUUAUGACUUUAGAGCAGUAUUUUGUUUUCUUUAGUAUUCAUGAGAAGUACAAAAAAGAAAUCUUGCAACUCAUCAAUACACAUAACUCAAAAGCGAGUACCUUUGAUACAGUUCAUAUUUUAAUAAAUGAUGUAUUAUUAUUAUUA